CAUCGCUGGGAGGAAACUCGUGCCGUUGCCCGCUGCGGUGAGCUCAGAGCAUGUUGCUAAGGGUCAGCCCCAGGCGGUUUCUGGAUCACCAUCUUCUCUUUGUGGAGAACGCAGAGCAGCAGCACCCGGCUCAGAAAUCACUCCCGAAUCCAUUCAUGACUGAGGAACCCUCCGUCCCAACCGAGCCAGACCUGCCGUCCUCCAACCUCACCAACACGACGGACUGCGGCGAGGAGAUCUUGCUCUAUGGGGACACCGAGAAGAUCGUCAUCGGUGUGGUGCUCUCCAUCAUCAUCCUCAUGACCAUCGCUGGCAACGGGCUGGUCAUCAUCUCUGUGUGCAUCGUCAAGAAGCUCCGGCAGCCCUCCAACUACUUGGUGGUGUCCCUCGCAGCUGCCGACCUGUCGGUGGCCUUCGCUGUCAUGCCCUUCGUGACCAUCACAGACCUGGUGGGGGGAGAGUGGCUCUUUGGGAAGGUUUUUUGCAACGUGUUUAUCGCCAUGGACGUUAUGUGUUGCACCGCCUCCAUCAUGACCUUGUGCAUCAUCAGCGUGGACAGGUAUCUGGGGAUCACUCGGCCACUGACGUACCCCGUGAGACAAAACGGGAAGCUGAUGGCCAAGAUGGUUUUCAUUGUUUGGCUCCUGUCUGCCUCCAUCACUCUUCCUCCGCUUUUUGGCUGGGCCAAGAACGUCACCGUGGAAAGAGUCUGUCUCAUCAGCCAGGACUUUGGGUACACAGUCUACUCCACGGGGGUUGCCUUCUACAUCCCCAUGGCGGUCAUGCUCGUCAUGUACAGCCGGAUCUACAAAGCCGCCAAGGUCAGCGCCGAGAAGCACCGCUUCAUGAACUUCCCCAAGCACUACGAAGAGGAGGGUGUCUACUGCCUGGAGGCCUCCAGCCGGAGCCACCACAGCUCCAAGCGUACCAAAGCGGUGGAGGAAUGCGCCACCCUCUCCAAACUGCUCCGGCAAGACCGAAAGAAUAUUUCCAUCUUCAAAAGGGAGCAGAAAGCAGCCAGGACCCUCGGCAUUAUCGUGGGGGCGUUCACGUUUUGCUGGCUUCCGUUCUUCCUGAUGUCAACGGCUCGGCCUUUCAUCUGCGGCAUCCGCUGCAGCUGCAUGCCCCUGCGGCUGGAGAGGACUCUGCUCUGGCUGGGAUACACCAACUCCCUCAUCAACCCCUUGAUUUAUGCUUUCUUUAACCGGGACUUGAGGACUACUUUCUGGAACCUUCUGAGGUGCAGGUACAGGAACAUCAACAGGAGGCUCUCUGCCGCCAGCAUGCACGAGGCCCUGAAAGCCACAGAGAGGCAGGAAUGCAUCCUGUAGAGCUGUGUCCUCUCGCUCAGUGCCUGACCAACGGGCUCCUGCCUCUCCAUUUCAGGUUCCUUGCUUCUCUUGCCUCUCGGGGUUGGCAGAAACCAUGCGUGCCGUUGUCCCCCCUGCCAGACAUCGCCGCUGAGAGAGACACCCCUUCCCCUCACCCCGGGAGGAGCUGUGGUUCUCCUCUCCUCGGGAACAAGUGGGCAGCCCUUCCUUCUCACCAUGGUCCAGGUGGGAAGCUGAAAAGCCAUGAGCAAGACCAGGGGGGGUUCAAGGUCUACCACCAACUGUGGGCAAGUCACAACACCUUUCUGUGCCUCAGUUUCCCCAUCUGUUAAAAACAAAACAAAAAAAAAAAAAAAAGAAAGAAAAGAAACCCUCCAGCAAACAAAAGUAAAAACUAAAACCUUGAUAAGACUGUGGCUCUCCACCUUCAAAAAGGGCUCUAAGGUCUGUGGAGGCCACACAAUAUACUAUGUAAAGAUGUCAUUGGCUGCACUUCUCUAUUGAAUAUGACAGCAGCUAUAGGCUCCGUUGUAGAUCCAAGCACUCAUGCCAUCCCAGCUUAUAUGAACUCCUUCCACCGACGAAAUUGCGUUUUACACACUGAGCUCGUGUCCAGGUUUGCACGUCAGAGCAGUGAUACCAAUGACCCCAUUUCCCCUCAUGCUGCAGCACUUGAAAGUGGCAAGCUUGCAGAAUGAAACACAAAUAAAUGAACAUGAAGUUUCUGUUCUGGUUGGAUAGGAAAGUCCAACGGCCUCCUCAUCAGGGCAAUGACCAGUGAGCAAAGACAGUUAUGUUUAUUGGGUUGUGCCGUAAUUCAUUCUCAGAGAAGUGAUGUGUGUUCAUAAUUUGUGGCUAAUUGACUCCAUAAAAGCACGCUUUAGUUGACAACAGAAAAAAAGUAUAUAAUUUCUCUGACAGCUUUACAGUGCUUCAGUAUGAUGUCCAGCAAGCUCGA